UUCACAAUGUCACCCUCAGGUCUCGCCAUUCUCAUUGGAGCCGGCCCUGCUACUGGCACGGGAAUUGCACGAAUCCUGUCAUCUCCUAAACAUGGUAACCUCGCCGUAGCGCUCCUAGCCCGACGCCCAGAGAACCUGCAGACUGUCAUUUCCAAAGUCCGCUCCACCAACGAGAACGCGGUGCUCGAAGCAUUCCCGAGCGACACCUCAAAGGCAUCUCUAGAGAAGGUAUUCGCAGAUAUCAAAGCACACGAGAGCUUCAAGGGCCUAAAGCUGAAGCUAGCGAUAUACAGUAUCAAGCAUUCGAGCAAGAAGCCGUUCUUGGAAGAGACAAGGGAAGAAUUUGAGGAAAGUUUAGAAACGUAUGUUGGUGGAGCUUUCACGUUUGCGCAGGAAAGUCUGAAGAGAUUCUUUGCCGAUCAUGGAGAGGUGGGCUUGAUGGAUGGAGGGGAGAAGAAAGGGACGCUCAUCUUCACCGGCACUCUUGGUGCGCUCCGAUGUAGUGCACAAUUCGCUGCGUAUGGUGCUGGUCGCGCAUCCGUCCGUCAACUAGCGCAAACACUGGCUCGCGAGAUGAGUGAGAAGGGCGUACAUGUCGUACAUACGAUUGGAAAUGGCGCAAUUGUCGACGAGGACGGGGAGGAUCAAAAGGUGGGCAAGAAGAUGAGCGCUGAUGCGGUUGGUGAGACUUACCUUUGGUUGCAUUCGCAGAAGCCCUGCUUGUGGACCCACGAGCUGGACAUGAGGCCCGCUUGUGAGAAGUUCUAGACAUGUCAUGCAGAAAAAAUAACAUUUGAAGAGAUCUAUAGCGCCAGGAUACAAACGAGUGUACAAACAGUAGAAAGCCGCCACGGGUUCAAGAAGAACAAGAUAGCGAUCAACGCCAUCACCAAGAAAACAUCAAGCCAAUCACUCCUCAUAAUCACCUAGCCGGUGGCUGCGUCCA